UUAUUAUGCAAAAAGUUGUAAACGUAAUGAAAAGGUUAUAAACAAAUGAGGUGUAGGUGUACAAGUUUAAAAAUUUGAUGUCGACUUUAACAAGCUCCCUUCGAAAUGGUACCGAAGGCACCCUCCGCGCCUUGUCGAGACGGGCGCGUAUGGUCUGCAGUAUGAGGGAUAGGUUAGGUUUAUAAAUGCAACUCGAUAAACGUCAUUAACAAAUGUAAAUAUCCCGAAUGAAUUUCCUGAAUUCGUAAAAAUGAAACAAUUUUAAGAAUCGGGUAUAUGUAAAGAAUGUGAAGAACUUGAAAUAUCAGAAUCCGAAGAUCACAAUGAGAGUUUUCUAAAGAAGCCCAAGAAUCGAAAGCAUUUGCAAGAUCUAAAGAGAAGAAUCGGAAGACACUUGAAAAAUUCAAGAGCAAAAGAAUCGGAAUGAUUUCGUGGAACUGAACCUGAAUCCGAAGAAUUUAAACAAUCCGAGACUAUGGUCAGAAGAAACUGAAUAAUCUGUAAAGUUCCAGAUGUUUGAAACUCGUAAUAAGAUCUGAAAGAUGAUUCGCAUUCGAAUACCUAUCUUUUAUUAAUAUUCUCUUCACUUACUGUGAAUUAUAAUAACUACGUGCCCAUCUUGGCUUCUAAGGAAUUCAACAAUGGUUAAGUGAAACUUCGAAAUUCAGAACGCAGGAUUUUUUCAAUUCGUAGUUGUUUGGGUAAAUUUUACCUAGUAGGUAAUCAAAAUUUUUAUACAGGGUGGCUUAUUUUAUCUUAUUUGCAGGAAGCCAUGGAUUUUUGAAACAAAAUCAAUUUGGUCCCGAAAUAAGAGGCAUUUGUUUCCAUAUAAAUGGAUUACUGGGUGACUCUUAAAAAUAUGAGAUAAUAGCAAUUCUCCCUGUUUUUGAAAGAUAGCAGAUAGCAAUGAUAGUGACUGUUCUUGUUGCUCUUCAGAAUUACGGUGUAGAAACAUUUAAACAAUUUCUGACUCACUCUCGCAAAACGGUGUAAUUGGGCAAGUGUGUUACUUUCGACAUUCAUCGAAAUAAAGUCACCUUCACAAGCUUGAGGCUAAACGUAUAAAGCAUGGAUUCGACAAAUGUAUCGAUAUCGUGGGAUUCGUUCCUAAAGGCUAUAAACGAUAUGAAAAUGUUAUCCGAUAGUAUCAACGACGAUUGGCUACUAAACGAACAUAGCGCCGGUGUUUACUUGUCUAAAAAAUUAGUUAAAAGUGUAUCCGCACGGUUGUUCGCCCUCGAAGAGUGUGACAACGACGGGGGAGAUAACGAUGUUUUAAUUACGUACGAAUACCAUGUGGUCUAUAACGCCAGUUAUGGCUGCCCCGUUUUGUGCUUCAACGCCUGGAAGACCGACGGUAGCUUACUAACAAUCGAAGAAUGUUGGAAACAAUUUAAUUUUGCCAAUGCCGAUUAUAAAUACAACACGCUGACACAAAUGGAACACCCCUUACUAAUGAGGCCUUUUAUAACUUUGCAUCCGUGCAAAACUUCAGAAUUAAUAGGAACGUUGAUGAAAAGUAACAAUCUCGUCGUUUCGUGGCUUAGUGCCGUUGGGCCCGUUGUGGGACUGGAUGUGUCUUCGUGUUAUGCAAGCUUGACCCUUUGAAUAUUCUGUGAAGCAUUACUAACCAUAAGAAUAAAACUAUAGAAAAUGAUCCGCCGCAGUUUUUAAUUCAUCUAGCAAAAUAUCUAUAUAAUGGUUCACGGAGACGUUAACAUAUUUCCAUUACAGCAAGUGAUAGUUGAUAGUAAAAAAACGUUGGAAAAAACAAUUGAAAAUCUGCUUUUCUAAUUAAAUUUUUUUCGCGAACCACCCUGUAUAUUAUUUUAUAUGAAGUUCGCGUCUUCAUUAAAAAACGAAUAAUAUCAAACGACUUUAUAAUCAAGGUGGCGAUUAAAUCUGAUAUUAGUGUCUGGAACAGGUGAAAAACUGCCUAGGUAUUCGAAAAUAGAAUUUCUUCUCCCAGAAAUUGUUUGGAUUUUUUCCAAACUCUAAUGACCACAACCGAUCGUUAGAUAAAAUGGUAAAUGCUUCUACCUACAUUUACGCGAUAAAUAAAGAGACAAACUUUUAAUUUCCACUGAUAUUCUGUUGACAGAAAAAUGUAUAAAGCGAAAUAUAAUUUUAAAUUCCAAAUAGUCUAGGCGAUAGAGACUGUAAAAUUGGCAAA